GUGGAGGCCCCGCGGCCCCUCUGAGGUUGCUGAAUGGGAUCCCAGUGUGAUCGCGCUCGGAAGCGGGAGGGGAGAGCAGGGCACUCAAGUUGUGGAGGAGGUCGGAGCUAGAAGCUGUCCGCUGCCCGACUUUCAUCGACAUUCCUCCGUCUGUUCCGCCCGCACAGCUGAACCAAACGUUCACGGUGCGUAAUUACGCACGGGCACGACGGAUCCACGCCGCUACCGGCCGUGGAAAACCGCGGACAAAGGACGGCAGGCAGGCAGGCGGGCGGGCUGGAGAAACACGCCUGACUUGAGAGGAGAGAAGUGUGGUUGGGAGGGAAACCGGGGGAUCCGGAGUCGGAAGUGACUUUUGUUUUUACUCUUGAGAAAUGUAACGUGAGGAAAGGAUUUCAGGAAGAAAGUCAGCCUUUUGGAGAGAGGAGGAACUGGGCCAGACGGACUUCUGACAGGAACAACUCCUAAAAAAAUCAGCAUCCAGAUCAUCGGAGCAUGGGCGGAGGUAUCUGAGAGCUGUAAAAUGUACCCGCGACACCGUGAGAGGGAGCAGCCCAUCUUCAGCACCAGAGCUCAUGUCUUCCAGAUCGACCCGGCGACCAAACGUAACUGGUUGCCGGCCAGUAAGCACGCCGUCACCGUGUCCUUCUUCUACGACGCCAGCCGCAACGUCUACCGCAUCAUCAGCGUGGGCGGAACGAAGGCCAUCAUCAACAGCACCAUCACCCCCAACAUGACGUUCACCAAAACGUCCCAGAAGUUCGGCCAGUGGGCCGACAGCCGAGCGAACACCGUCUACGGUCUGGGUUUCUCCACGGAGCAGCAGCUGCAGCAGUUUGCAGAGCAGUUUAAGGAGGUGAAGGAGGCGGCUCGUCUGGCCAGAGAGAAAUCCCAGGAGAGGUUUGAACUGGCCAACCCCGGACUCAACAUCGCAGCUCCCCAGCUCUCGCAGGAGCUGUCGGAGGAGCGUCACUCUCCGCCGCUGCUCACAGUCAACGGGCCUGGAGAGGAAAAACUGUUUCGCAGCAGGAGCGCAGAAGUGGAGCUGACGACCGAGAAGGAACGGGUCAAAAAGAUGCUGUCAGAAGGGUCCAUGUGUGAGCUCAACUUGGAGGCUGAACUCUUCGCUCUGCAGGACAGCAACGCCAAGCUGGUGGCGGCGCUGCAGGAAGCCAACAGCGGCGUGGAGCAGUGGAAGAAACAGCUGGCAGAAUACCAGGAGGAGACCGAUCGCCUCCGAGACCAGGUGGCUGACCUGGAGGACCAGCUGGGGCGUCCUGCUGCUGGUCAGUCGGCUAAAGAGGAGCUGAGUCGGUCGCUGGAAGAGCUGGAAGCCUCGCUGAGAGCCAAAGAGCAGGAGAUUCAGAAUCUGCAGUGCAGGAAAACAGAUGUGGGUGAACUGGAAAAGGAGAAAGAGGAGAUCAUGCAGAGACUUCAGGAUCUGGAGAGACGAAACACCGAGCUGGAGAGUCGUGCUCAGAGCGCUGAGAAAACGUUGGCCACGAACCUCGAGGAGCAGGAGCAAGCAGAGGUUGAAGUCCAGCGAAUCAUCGGGGUUCUGGACGUCAAAAUCGGUGACCUGAAAGGCCUGAGAGAAAGUCUAGCAAAACUGGUGGAUAAGUAGCCACAGCUGGAUCUGGGAUACAUCUCCACAGUCUGUGCUCGUAGAGUUGAAUCGGUGCAGCAGGACAGCAAAGAUCACAGAGAUGAGGUGGAAAUCACACUGAGGCUGACCUUUUUCUGUGAGAAUCAGUGAAGAUUGACAGCUUUCUCAAAACCCUCCUGUCCUGUUUUAUCAUCUGCAAAUGCUAACUAACCACUCUGAAGGAGGAAGAUCUGUCUGCUAUGGAAAAUAACAGCACCUUUUAUGGCUUUUUGAUGCUGCAGCUUUUAGUAAAGAAUCGCACCUGAGACCUCAUUUACAAAUACAAACAGACACAUUUAUACUCACUUAGUCUUUACGUACUUUUAGGUGUUCAUGAAAGAUUCACAAAAGCUGGAAAUCAUAACAAACCUGGAUUGCUUUGCCUGUUCUGGAGCCAACAUUCGAAUGUGUAAAGAAUGCACAGCUUUAUGUGAACAAACACUGCAGUUGCUGCCACUCUGCUCUAUCUGCAGUCUGUCCAUUCACUCUAGUAGAGAACAAGCAUUGCAGCGAUAUCAAUAACCUAAACCUUCAAAUUCCUCUGAACCCAUCAAGAGAAGCCUGCCUUUUAAAAUACCCACACUCAUGUCUUCUGAUUUAAAUGUUUGACCUUUUUUUCGCUAUUUAAGUUGCUUCCUUGGUAGUUUUACAUUUCUUCAUCAGUACACAAUGAAAAUAUUGAAUUAAAAGUACUCAAGGCAAACGAUGAGUGGAUAAAGUCCAACACAGUAGGUAUAGACGACCCACGUAGACCUUAAUUUGUUUUUGUCCUGCUAUGAUAGCUAAUUGUCCAGUUCAAACAGUGACAAGCUGUUUAAACUCGAGGCUGCAUUUUGAGAUUUUGGCUCGCAUCAAAUCACCUGACCUCGACUUUCCUCCCGGCGUGAGGUGAGCCCCUGUAGACGUACCAUAGCUGCUUGUUGUUUCUGCGGAGGAUAUUUUCUUGCAAGACAACAGUGACCUGUCAUUUUACUAGUAAAUUAAAGAGAACUUAAUAUGCAAAAUUCACAUUUUGCACGUUUUUCUACUUUAAUUUUGGUCUCAACUGCUUCAGAAAACAGGUCAAAUGCUUAAAUUAACCCCCAACCAGGUUUUGGCAAUAAGUUCAUGUUUUUUGUUGUCUGGAAAUCUCCUGAUUGUUAAGUCAUGAUCAAUGGACGCUGCUCCGUUACCUAACAACCUCAGCCAAGCCCAGCCUGUUACUUAGCAACCGCAGCUGAGCUCCAGCACGUUUGGUCAGCUGGUUUUACCGCUGUAUGCGCUGUACAAUGGCUGCUGGAAAAGAAAAGUGUUUUGUUGUUGACCGUUUAGUAAAAUUUUUGUACAAUGUUCAAAGACAGAUGUAUGAGGUGUUUGGGAAGAUGUACAGCUGGAAAGAGACCCCAGAUUAAAUUAGAGACUAUAAUCCCCUUUUUCCUAACACUUUGGUCACCAGGAAGCAGUGACCUUUUGGACUCUGCCAACUGACUUCAAAUAAGCAGAAGACAGUUGAUAGAUGAAUGCCAAAAAGACAAAAAUAAUCUUAAAAACUUUCAAAGUAUUAUUGUUGACAAAAUAUUAGCAAACCUUUAGGCAUAGACUUGAAAUAUCUCAGUAAAGACAAUAUAGUAAUGAUCAUUUUGACUCAGUGUUGUCAGGGAAAUCAGAAAUAGAUUUCAAGUUGGAUCAAUACUGGAACAAAGGCUGAGGGUCUUAAAGCAAAGCAACUUUGGCUACUUUCACAGAGCAGGCCUUAAAGCUGAAAUCUGAUCUUUUUUGUGUGUGUGCACAAAAAGCACAUAAAUAGAAUUAUUUAUUCUAUUUAUUAAUAGAAUAAAUAAUUAAUUUAUUCUAUUAAUUAACCGUAAUUAGACUUCUGUGUGAAUGUUUUACAAAGCGACCCGCCUGCACAGAAGGAGAACAUUGACGUCACACAGCAGCCCAUAGUUUACUGAAGUAAAAAUGGAUGGAGCCGUUUAUUGAUUCACUUGACAGUUUAUUCAGCAAUGCGAGCCGACGGUGUCGUCACAAGAUCAUAACACAAAGGAAGCUAAAAAAAUGAAACACAACUAAUAGCAACCACUUUUUGUGGAGCAUUGACUAUAGGGAAAUUUGUUAGGAUGCGUAGUCACAGCCACGAUUGUGAUGUGAUGCACUUCAGUGGAACAAACUUCAUUUAUGAAUUCAUAAUUAUAAUUUCUUCAGCCAUUGUUUAUGUCCAGUCUGGCUUCUUCUGCUGCAGCUUUAUGAUGCAUAUCUCAUGUUAAUGAAGUAAAAGUCGGAUAAAAUGCAAUGGGGUAUGUAUUCGAUUUAGUACCAGUGGCUCAAAUCAGAUUUGUUUUUGGGCCAUUCAGACUGCAGUGAAAAAUUCAGAUAUACCGGUAGGCCACAUUCGCCUGCUGUGUGGAAGCAGCCUAGGUUUUUGUUUCUCACCAUUGGCCCUGCUCAAUGUGACUGCAUGUGCAUGACUCAUUUAAUGACAGUGCCAACUCAAAUUAGCAUUUGGCAAGAAACAUCCGUGAACUAUCCUUUGAGAUAAAAAUCACUUCAGCGUCAAAGGAAGGUCGUAGUCUGUUUUAAAUCCACUUUAUAAAUGAAGCCUGUUAAGUAAAAUGCAGAACCAAAGCUGCCAGCCUUUCAGCUUUAUAUGUUCAUAGUAAUGAAAUUAAUGAACCAAAAUUAAUAAUGUGAGGCCUCAUUGGCAGAAAAUAAGGGAGAGCAUCUUUUAGGAGGAUUGCUAUUUAGCACUAUAUUUAAUGAUUCUGGCCUGUUGCUUAAAUGUUCGAGCUCAUUGUGGUGUUAUAUUCUGCAUGAUUAGAAGCCAGAGUGGUAAUUGAAUUAUCAAAUAACCAAACAACAACCUGAGUGUGUGUGUAAAAUAGAAAAGGACAGUGAUGGCGCGGCUCUGCUCCCACCAGAGCUGCAUGUAUAUAUUUGAAGCGCUCGGGCUUGUCUGGACAGACCGUGAGAUAACAGAGCCUUAAGGGUGCGAGUUACAUCAGACAAGCGCCUCAUCAAAAUUCUAGAUGUGUGGUUCCAAGAAACAAGAGAAAGUGAAAGGUCUAUUUUCUUAUCUUGUAGUUUACUCUGAAGCCCACAUAAUAUUAAAUAAACGCCUGGACUCAUGUGGUUGUAGAAAUGCAGCAUUUAGGUUUAAAUCUUCUAGUUACUAUUAGUGAUUCAAGUUACUAAUGCUUACAAGUAGGGUUGGAUUGAUUAAUGAAACAAUCAUCAACUAAUUUAGUAAUUGAUUGUUAUCUGGAGUAAAUGGCCAUUUAUUGAGAAAACAGCAACAAAGAGCAGCAAAGGUACAAAAAAUAUUAACAUUUUGCCUUUUAGAUGUAAACCUUUCUUUGCCUGUUUUACACAGAACUCCUAAAGUGACAUUUUUAGCUUCACUUGGUUCAAAUUCUUUUAAAAAAUCUCCUGUUAGCAUCAGACAAUGUCCCCUGAAAGCUGCCUAACGUUAGCCUGCUAACGACUGUUGGCCUGCCGACUGUUCCCAAUAACACAAUGUGUUUUAUUAGGAACAUUACGUUCCUUUCCCGAACGUUUGUCGGUGCCAAACGUCAACUAACAACGUUUUCCGGAUAUUUAAUGGUAUUUCAUUUGUCCGGUUCGCCAAAACGUCAAAAUGACCGGUACUAAAGAGUAUCAAGACGAAAGUAAUGAUGAUCCCCAUAGAUUUAAGGGAUUCAAAAUAAUAAUAAUAAAAGAUGCAUAAACAUGCAUUGUUUA